CUACUUCAUAAGAAACAAACAGGGUGUUGGGAUGAUGACUAAACUCCGCUGUGCCGGCAGUCAAAAUGGCAUGUCGUGAGGGGCUGUUGCUACACGGUGUCUACGUGCCUCAAACUGACGCAGCGGUGAUCCAAACUUACAGCGGGGGCAGAAGUGUUUCAGCUGGGAUCUGAGGAGAACUUUUUUUUUCUUCAUAAUCAUUGCCAAUCCAUCAGCUGUAGAUGCUUGGAGAUUUUCUUUUCUUGAAACACGCAGACCCAGGGGACAAGUUGUAAUAUGACGACGUGGUGGGUUUGUACCGCUGUCCCACCAUGAACUGGUUCCCUCAUCUGCUGCUUGCUUUGCACUACUGGCUGGUACCCGGGCUGAUCUUCCUGACUUUGUUGCGGCUACCGGUCGCCAACGGAUAUUUUGGACUCACUUCCAACACGCAGCUGACAAGUAUCCACGGAUCGGACCAGUGUCCCCACUACCUGACCAAGCGGCAGAGGAAGAUGUGCGGCCGGGACUCGGGCAUGCCUGCCGCCCUGGCCGACGCGCUGGAGCUGAGCAUCUCGCAGUGCCAGGAACGCUUCCAGAACGAACGCUGGAACUGCAGCAUACACAACACGUCGCAAAGGGCCAACUUGCUGAAAAGGGGAGUUGAAGUCAGGGCACCAGGGUCGUUAGACGCUGUUGAAGUCAGGGCACCAGGGUCGUUAGACGCUAGUUACCGACGCAGAUAG